ACUGACCUUACGCACCGCAACCCGCGGUUUUGAUCGGAAGCCCUCGAGCUUCCGCGUUUUGCUGCUUGAGUCGCCGGGCCUCCUGGCCGCUCAAGCACAAUGGAGCCGACUAUGUGCUCCGAGCUCCGAUGGCCUCCGUGGCCUGUCGAUUCUGUAGCCCCUCUGAUUCGACAGCUUUCUUUCUCCUUCGGCAGCCUUCUCGGUUGGGGAUUCUGUUUGUUUGCUAUUUUUUGUUCUGUUCGGUCUUCUUUCUCUGGAAAGACAGCACCAAACUGGAAGUUUUUUGGUGUUCCUCUUGUUGCAAGGAUUUCUGAUCUUUCCAAUGGAUAUAAUAUCUGCUAUCAUUUUCUGAAGCUUCUUAAUCCAUUACUAUUGCCUACUAAAGAUGUAGUAAAUGAUUUUGAUGGUGACGAUGGUGCCAUGGGGACUAGUGGUAAUAAGACUUCCAAGAUGGAGGAUGUGGUUGGCCCUUCAGUUUUAGAUAGUGGUGCAGAUCCAGUGAGUGUAACCGAGGAUGAUUCUCAUGAGGGUGAUAACUUCAAAUUCUACUUGGUGGAGAACAUGGCAUCAACAGAGAUGAAGAUGAAUGAACCAGUAUUAAUCCCUGGAUUUAAAAAAAAGUUUGGAUGUGCAUGUUCGCUGGCUGGAUAAGAUGAUUGAAAAGUGUGAUAGAGACUCUCUCAGUUCAUUGCCGGUUGUUUUCAGGCCUCACUCAUUUGCAAGGGAGCCUCAAGAAUCUGUUUCCUUGUAUAAAUGUCUCGAAGGCUUCUUACAAGAGGAACCCUUAGGACCAGAUGACAUGUGGUUCUGCCCCAGCUGUAAGAAGCAUCAGCAAGCCAACAAGAAGUUAGAUCUUUGGAGAUUACCUGAGAUUUUGGUUAUUCAUUUCAAAAGGUUCUCAUACAACUGGAUACCUAAUGGUAAGCUAGAAACAUAUGUGGACUUUCCAAUAGAAGAUCUUGAUCUUUCCGAUUACAUUUUCCACCAACAGAUCUAGUCAGGCAAUCGUUACAGGCUGUAUGCUGUAAGUAAUCACUAUGGGGGCAUGGGAGGUGGUCAUUACACUGCUUUUGUUGAUACUGGCCACGGGAGGUGGUAUGAGUUUGAUGACGUAAGUGUUCACUCUGUCACUAAAGACAGCAUCAAGACGUCUGCUGCCUAUGUCCUUUUCUAUAGAAGAGUUCCAGAUGUGUAAAUUAGACGUAGCAGUGGCAAACUCAUUGCAACGUGAAACCUGGGGAGCAUAGUGCCUUUUGAAACCCCAACUAGGUUUUGACAAAAGAGCAAUACUGCUGACUACCAUUUGCAAGCUUACAUUUUAUUUGCCAAAAUAUUGUUUUGCUUAGAGUCUCCUGUCGGAGAUAGCACAUGAUUUUGCAGUUGUACAGUUCAAAAGAAAAAAUCUUUACAAUGAUUAAGUUAAAUGUAUGUGCCUUUAAAAUUGAUCACAAAGAUUAUAUGUUAAGUUGAAGGUGCAUGGGCUACAAUGAAAUGUUUCCUCUCCAUUUUUUAUGUACUCUUUUGAUAUAAGAUUAUUGCAAAGAGUGAUUCUUUCUUUGUUUCUUUCUUAUGUGUGUAUGUAUAUAUAUGCAUUUGUAUUGUUUAACACAAUCGUUGGCGGAUGGAGGUGUGUAUGCAUUUCCUUUACCCUCAUUAGCUUUGUCCAUGAGUAAAAAGUUAAUCAAUUG